AUGCCUAACACUAGUACUGCUCUCUCUUUCGGACCUGUCGACUGCAGUGACAAAGUCGAUGUCACUGGUAAAGUCGGUGUCGCUGGCAACCACAUCUUCAUGGAUGUCGAAACCUGCUCAGUAGACUGGCCAACGUAUACGAUCAAGUUCACGCCGACCCACCCAGGACCCGUGACACUUAUAUUGCAUUUAAAAGACGCGUCUAGAUUCAAAUAUGUCGAAGACGAGGACAGCGACAUGGAGACAUCAGAAUCGAAGGCUUGCAAGAUCUCUUCGUCUAGCACGAAGGACGACCUGGAUGCAACAUUUGUCUCCAAAGAGACAACCUCCAAGACCGACGAUAACCCCAAUCUCUUCAUCGCAACUCCAGUGAGGCUCGACGCAAUCAGGAAGGACUUUUCCUCGAAAAAACGCAAGCUCGGUCACGGUCACUUCUUUGGAGAUGCAGAUUCCGCUUGGCCCCCCCGCUGGCCUCGUGGCUACCGAAAUGUUUCUUCUUUACCUAUCUCAGCUUUUGAGAGCCUUAAGAUUACACCUGCUGACGUAGUAGCCAUUGACAAAAUUACAUACACUUUGUCCCGCUUUCAUUUUGUUACACUUUCAUUUCACUUUGCAUCAGAUACCGACACGCUCUGCACGAGUUAUCCCAUUGUCCCAUGUACUACUAAUAUCAGAAUUCAAGUUGUAUUUCUUGUCCACCCACGAGCGCGCUAUGUUUCCAAGGCUUCCAAGAUAUGCCUCUCCACCAACCUCAUCCAUCAACGAGCCGUCGAACGCGAACGUUCCCAAGAGGCUUCUCAGAACGCCCAGCCCGGUACCAUUAAGCGAAUGCAGUUUACAUUCAGUAUCGACGCUCCCCCAGCUCAUUCCCUGCAACUUCAUCUUUAUCCUACACCUUCUCUGGCAAAGGCUCCACCCCCACCAAGCCAGACCUCAAGCCUAGCGUUGAGUUCAGAGAAGGUCGCAGGCGCAGGAGAGGUGACGGAUCCUCUGUCACUAACCAUGCUUCUUCCGACCCCGCAUCCAACCAGAACGGUGUUUCUUAUAUCCUCUACUCUACCCCCACCCUAUCUAACCCCAUGA